GUUCUUCACUUUUUCACUUGCCUCAUCAAGCACCAACGCGAACACCAUGCCUAUGCUUCAAUUCCCUGACGGCUUUGCCUGGGGCGCCGCCACCGCCGCGUACCAGGUCGAAGGCGCCGCUGACGAAGGCGGCCGCGGCCUCAGCAUCUGGGACGCCUUCUCCAAGACGCCCGGCAAAACUCUCAACGGCGACACCGGCGACAAGGCGGUGGACCACUACCACCUCUACAAGGAGAACGCUCGGCGGCCUCUGCGUUGCGCGCGAACGUCGCCGCGUCGUCCGAUGGCUUUGGCUCGCGCCAUUCGCAGUUGA